GUCUCGUUCUGUGAAGAUCAGACCAGAGCAGCAGCGGUGCAGACGCAACAGCAGUAGAAGAAGGAGUAGCAUACUAUAAGGAAGGGAACAGACUAGAUAGCCACACAGCUCUCUCUGAAGAAGGUGGCAUUGCCUUCCUUUCUCCUCCUCCUCCUGGAAUCCAGAUAUGAAGUGAAGGUUCAAAAGCUUCUGUCAAACCUCGGGAGUUCGGUUGGUCCAUUCACAGGUAGACUAGUACCAGCAAACCGAUACAGACAACGCGAAAACGUAAAUUUUUGUUGUUUGUUGUUGUUGUUGUUGUUGUUGUUGUUGUUGUACUGAAAGCAUUCGAAAACGGAGUGAUAUCGUCCAGAAUCUCUCUCCCAUCUACAACCGUCGAGAUGAAUACCAACGACGCUAAGGAGUAUCUCACCAGGCGGGAGAUACCUCAACUGUUUGAGAGCCUGUUGACAGGGUUGAUGUACUAUAAACCAGAGGACCCUAUAGACUACUUGGAGGUGUGUCUAAAGAAGGUGAGGGAGCUCGGGGGACCAGACAGGGUCCGGUGGGACACAUUCGUCGGCCAGGAGAAGAAGUCCCUUCCCCCCCUCAACGGAGGACAGUCACGUAGGUCCUUCUUCAGAAACGUGCUCCCAGACAGUCCCAACUUCCCCCUCUACCGGCGCUACGACCGUCUCCCUCCCAUCAGCCAGUUCUCCAUUGAGAGUGAUUCAGACCUGUCAGAGACCGCUGAACUCAUCGAGGAGUACGAGGUGUUCGACCCCUCCAGACCACGACCCAAAGUCAUCCUCAUCAUCGGAGGGCCAGGCAGUGGUAAGGGAACCCAGAGUCUGAAGAUAGCAGCGUGCUAUGGGUUCCAGUAUGUCUCUGUAGGAGAGCUGCUCAGGAAGAAGAUGAUUCACAACGCCACCAGCAACAGGAAGUGGAGUCUCAUCGCCAAGAUUAUCACCAAUGGGGAGCUGGCACCUCAGGAGACCACCAUCACUGAGAUUAAGCAGAAGAUCAUGAAGAUUCCAGACGCUAGCGGGAUCGUGAUUGAUGGGUUCCCUCGAGACAUGGGACAGGCGCUUUCUUUUGAGGACCAGAUCUGUACUCCAGACCUGGUCGUGUUCCUGUCCUGUGCUAAUCACCGCCUGAAGGAGCGCCUGGAGAAGCGAGCAGAGGCGACGGGUCGUCCUGAUGACAACCCCAAUGCAACAGAGCGUCGCCUCACCAACUUCAAACAGAACACCAUCCCCUUGGUCAAAUACUUCCAGGAGAGGGGACUCAUCGUCACGCUGGAUGCAGACCGAGACGAGGAGGAAGUGUUUUGUGACAUCAGCAUGACAGUGGACAACAGGCUGUUUCCCUCCAAACAACCUGUCGCUGGCCCCAGUGAGCUGGAUCUCAGUCUCCUAGGAGACAAUACUAGUCUGGUAGAUGUCCCAUUCAGAAAUGAGGAGCAGGUUGAAGAGGAGGAGGAUGAAAUGGGGUAUGCUGAAGGGACUGCAGAGAGGUAUUCUACAGACAGGAAGAAACCUAAAGUUGUCUUCCUGAUGGGUGGGCCGGGCUCAGGGAAGGCUGUGCAGUGUGAGAGGAUGGAGGAGAGGUUCGGGCUGCGUCGUCUGUCUCCUGGUGACAUCCUUUGUUCUGAACUACAGUCUCAUAGUGAGAGAGGACGUUACCUAAAAGACCUGCUGGAGAGGGGGGAGAUUCUACCUGAGGACACGAUGCUGGAGCUGCUAUGUGAGUGUGUGACGUUAUCUCUGCGGCACGGGAGGGGCGUACUCGUUACCAACUUCCCCCGAGACCUACGACAAGCUCUGGAGUAUGAAGCUAAGAUGGGGGAGCCCAGUGCUGUGGUGCUGUUGGACUGUUCCCCUGACACUAUGUUCUCCAGGCUACAGUGUCCUGUCCUGUCCCGCUCCGCCCCCCAAACCACAGGCAGCCACCAAGAGAGAGACAGACACAACAGCAGGAGGGUAGAGGGAUUCAACAGCAACUGCCAACCUGUGACAUCACACUACCAACCCAAGAGGCUCCUACACAAGAUUGAUGCCGAGAGGUCUCCUGAAGAGGUGUUUGCUCAGAUCUGUCAGGCCAUGGACUCCUGCUAGAGGAACACACGCAUCUCUACAUCAUCACUACCACCGCCCCAGAGGUCUAUCUACUACCACCACCCCAGAGGUCUAACUACUACCACCACCCCAGAGGUCUAUCUACUACCACCACCCCAGAGGUCUAACUACUACCACCACC